AUGUCUGUCAACACGCCUCGGCAAAAACUAGAGCAGCUUCCUUGCGAAAUACAUGAAGUCCAUCAUGAUGGCAUCUCUCACAAAGCGAAGAGAUUACCUCGAGACCCUUCACAAUGGAGGCCAUCAUUCCAUGUCACAGCACCAGCAGGAUGGCUGAAUGACCCGUGUGGAUUGGGAUAUGACCCAACUACAGGCUUAUAUCACUUAUGUUUCCAAUGGAACCCGUAUGAGAAUGACUGGGGCAAUAUCUCCUGGGGCCAUUCUACCUCCCCAGAUCUGGUGUCAUGGAAUACGUCCGCCGCUCCCAUCUUGACGCCCUAUGCUGAAUACGACUGCCGAGGCGUAUUUACGGGAUGUCUACAGGCAACAGAUGCCUCUGGAAACCCGGGAGCUCUUACAAUCUUAUACACCUCAGUGAGCCAUCUCCCGAUUCACCACACUUUACCUUAUACACUUGGAAGUGAAUCUCUCAGUUUAGCUGUCUCCCAAGACGGAGGCAAGACAUGGGAACGUCAGGACUGCAACCCUAUCCUCACCAUCCCGCCUUCACAUCUUACCGUGACGGCCUGGAGAGAUCCUUUCAUCACAACUUGGGCCGAGGGGCCUCUCUCCAAACACACACCGUCAACACUAUAUGGCUUUAUAUCAGGAGGAAUCGCCAAGAAAACACCAACAGUCUUUGUCUAUACCGUCCAAUCAACAGACCUCGGCAAGUGGGAUUUCAUCGGCCCAUUGGUCGACGUCGGCCUCAACCUACGACCAUCUCGCUGGUCUGGCGACUACGGCGUGAACUGGGAAGUCGCUAAUCUGAUGACCCUAACUAACGACACCGGCACGUCUCGAGACUUCAUCAUAAUGGGAGCUGAAGGCUGUAUACCGUUGGAUAAUCUGAAUCCAAACGAAAACGGGGCCCAAGAAGCACGCCGGAGACGAGAAGCCCGAGGCCAGCUCUGGAUGUCCAUCACGUCCAACGGAAAAAAGGAACAUAUUUCCACAGACCGUCCUCUGGCUUCAUAUGCAUUCUCUGGUAUCUUCGACCACGGCUGCUACUAUGCAGCCAACUCGUUCUACGACCCUCAAACCUCGCAACACAUCGUCUACGGCUGGAUUACAGAAGAAGACCUGUCCGAUUGUCUGCGUCAUCGCCAAGGAUUCAGUGGCUUGGUUUCGCUUCCUCGUGUGGUGGGAUUGAUGACAUUGGAGAAUGUCAAGAAGGCACGAAGCUCGCAGUUGGGUUCGAUUACUUCGAUCGACGCAGUCCCCAACACAUCUGGUACUAGUACCUUCACCAUCCAUACUAUGAAGAUCAGCCCAGAUAGCCGACUUGUGCGGCUAAGACAGCAUGCCCGGGAGAGCCACCUCUCUAGAAUUUCUCUAUCUACUUCACCUUCACAAAAUGCCAUGCCGUUGGGGACAUGUAAAUGGGAAAUCGAUGCCGAAUUCUCCGUUAGUAAAUCCUGUGCACGUGUGGGCAUCAAGAUUCUACAUACUUCUGAUGGUCAAAACUGUACGACCCUUUCCUGGGAUCCACGAAGUGAGACCUUCGAGAUCCAUCGACCGCCAAUUGACAAUGCUGAAAUAAAUCACGGCUAUGAAACUGCUCCGCAUACACUGUUUACUUCCGUCAAUGAGCGUGGUGAGGAGAUUGAAGAGACGCUUCGAGUACACGCCUUCUUUGACUCGAGUGUGUUGGAAGUGUUUGUCAAUGACAGAACAGUCAUAUCUACGCGAAUCUACCACCCAGCAGAACAUUGCUCUGGGCUACUGUUCUUCGCAGAGUCCGAUGCUGGGUUGGAUGAACAGCCAGCUGCGGUUCUCGUGCGAGCUUCUAUUUGGGAUGGUCUUGGUGUACGAGGGUUAAUGAGUGCACCCCCGAGAUUGUAG